AGUUCCUCUUCUGUGAGAGCAGCAGCAGCAACAGCAGCGAGGAGGAGGAGGAGGAGGAGGAGGAGGAGGAGGACCCGGGCCGGAGCUGACAGGACGCAUAGAUCACAUCCGGGGCUGGUUUAUUCUAAUAACGAAACGUCCAACCCGGAAAAAAGACAAGUCUUCUGAAAUGCGAUCACACAAACAAACAGACGAGAGUGUGAGAUGCACGCCGGCCCUGUUAAUGUGCGCUGUUUGUAAAAGUUGUUAAAACUUUCUCUACCAUGCUCGUAUUUACCAAACUCGGGUCUCUCUGCUUCGUAGUCGUGCGGGGCGCUGGCUGUGGCGCACACUGACUCUCCACAGCGAGCGGUGAUAUGUGAUAGCAGCAGCAUGCCGUACUUGGACCGGCUGAACCGUGUAUGUGGCUUCCUGGACAUUGAGGAGAAGGAGAACAGUUGCCGCUUCCAGAGGCGAUACUUCAUCCUCGACACACAGGCAAAUGCUCUGCUGUGGUAUAUGGACAACCCUCAGAACCUGCCCAGUGGAGCCAGCUUUGUUGGCAGCCUGAAACUAACCUACAUCUCUAAGGUGAAUGAAGCUACAGCGAAGCAAAAGCCCAAGACAGAGUUCUGCUUUGUCAUCAAUUCAGUUUCCCGGCGGUACUUCCUCCAAGCCAAUGAUGUGACUGACAUGAGGGACUGGGUGGCUGCUCUCAACAAGGCCAGCAAGAUCACUGUUCCUAAGUCUGGCCCUGCACCUCCAAGGUCCGAUGUGACCGCAGUAAUCAGUGACACUCAGGGAGGGAAGAGACAGCAGGCCUACAAGACGGAGAUCAUCGGUGGCGUGGUGGUGCACACUCCCAUCCAGAAUGAAAACGAAGAGACAGAAGGGAGAGAGAGGAAGGGCAACAGGCCAGGUGUGCUGAGGUGUGGUUACUGUGUCAAACAGGGAAAUGUGAGGAAGAGCUGGAAGAGGAGGUUUUUCACCCUGGAUGAAAAUACAGUCAGUUACUACAAGUCCGAGAUGGAUAAGGAGCCUCUCCGAGCUAUUCUACUGAGGGACAUUCAGAAGGUCCACGAAUGUCUCGUCAAGUCAGGGGAUCUUCUGCUGAGAGACAACCUGUUUGAGAUCAUCACCAGCUCCCGAACCUUCUACAUUCAGACCGACUCUCCAGAGGAGAUGCAUGGCUGGAUCAGGGACAUUGAGAUGAAGAUCCAGGACUUCAGAGGUCCCCCUAAGGGUUUUUCAUUUAAACGUGCGUCCUCUCUCUAUCGAAGUCACAACGCCUCCUCGGCGUCUCGAGGUCAACAGGGUGAUGAGCGCAGACCUCCGCUGAUCAAGUCUAGCUCUGUGGCACCGGGCUGGCAGCCCUGGAUGCCCGUUCCAUCGUGUGAGCCCUCCAUCCCAGACACAGAGGAUGAAGACAGUGCUUUCAGCCCCGUGCCCACCUUGCCUUCUCUCUCCUCCUCCUCCACCUCUUCCUCCACCUCAUCCUCCUCCAACUCCCUCUCCAACCCGACCCCUUGCCCCAGCGUGCCUCCAGCAGCUUCAACCAGCGGACUGGGGAUCCUCACAGCAUCAGGAGAUGUGGCUAGUGGGCGUCGGAGGCACCGCUCGCAGCCGCAGCCUCACACCGGUUGCAGCUUCCCCUUCAGCCUGGAUGACGACAGCAUCCGCACCACGGACGUCUAGUUAUAUAAGGACUGUCCAGACUCCUGUGUGGACUCAAGUGUUGGUACCUGCUUUAAAAUGAAUGUGACUGGUAAUAAUAGUAUUCCCUGCUAAUGAAGUGACACUGUGACCAUCUGCCUCAAUGCCAUGUCAUGAGAUUGGGGCCCCCUGCUGGUCUUGUAGCUGUAUUGCAGACGAAGGAUGCACCCAGCUGGAAGUGGACCAAGGGGCGCAGUGUUUGUUGUUCACAGGACUGUGAAAGAGUAUGAUGGAGUGUUUUUAGUGCAACUUCCUCUGAAAACUUGAAUAAUCUUGUUAUUAAUUGUUCUUGCAGACAAAUGAUGGCACAUGCUUUCAAUCUGUUGCACUUGGCUCCCAUCGGAGACGUAACGUUGUCAUCAAACACGUUUCCACCCCUGCUAGAAGUAUUCACAAAUAAGUGUUUAAAGGCAUUUUAACACAUUAGUAUCCAUAACUUUUAUACUCAAGUUUAUGUUCACUAAAUACUAAAAUAAUUUGGGGUCUUUUUAGUUUCUUUGGAGCCCAGCAGUGUUUUUCCCUUUUUCUUCCUGAGGCAUUAUGUCAAAAGCCUCACAUCAACUUACCUUCAUUUUAAUUACCAAGCAUUUUAUUACUAACAUCUAAUCAUGUGUCUGGGGGAAAGUAUCCUGUUGGUCUCAUUAAAAACGGUACACGCACUCACAUGCCAACUGACUGAGGGCUCCUCUGUUGAUGCAGCCGGUGCAGACCGAGAAGAUGGAGUCAGCAGCAGCUUUUAUGUGUUCGCUCUAUGUUUUAAACAGGAGCUUUUAAUACUUGGCUUAAAAAUCAGUUGUCAGUAAACAGUGACUCCUCUCUUAGCUUUUAACAGGGUACCAUAAUAAUACAGCAGUGUUUAGAUGGUACUUGUUGUAGAAUGUACUACCAACAUCAAAGUACAGCUGGUUGACAGCUUUGUAAAUGUGAUUUUCUUAUUGCAGCAUUAUGUGGGGUAAAUGUGCCACUACUUCUGGUAAUUUAAUUGUAAUUCCGCACUUUGCUUUUCUCAUUUUUCUUUGUUUUUUUGUCACAGCAGAUAUUACAGCUUCCUCUGAGAUGAUGCCUCAGACACUUUGUGUUGUUACACCAGUAGUCUCAGCCCUUCUCAGGUUCACCUCAAGACUUCAUUGAUGUGGAACCAUGCUCAUGCCUAUUUCCGUUUUCUGAAGCUGUGUGCACUUGUCUGCCUGCGUAUAAUGUUAAUUUUCUUUCUUGUACAUUAAAUGAUGCUUUUUAUUUGUC